UUUUGUACUAUGAGAGAUAAACAUCUUGUCUUUGUCGCCCUCUAGCGUUGAGCUCACAGGUACGAUGAUAUCACCGACGUCAAUGACGUAGCAUCAUGGCGGCGCCCCACACCACCAUGAAAUUCUGGAAACCCGGCUCAGAGGCUCCGGGUGUGUGUGAGGAGAGAGAUCUGUCCACAGAGACCACCGGCUCUCCCAUCAUCUUUAACCCACACACGGCUCUCUCCAUAGAGAAGCAGAGGCAGAGGCUGCCCGUCUUCAAGCACAGAAACAACAUCCUCUAUCUGGUGGAGAGUUUCCAGACUGUGGUGAUUGUUGGAGAAACAGGAUCUGGAAAAAGCACACAAAUCCCACAGUAUCUGCUGGAGGCUGGAUGGGCGGCAGAAGGGAAGGUGAUCGGAGUGACUCAGCCUCGACGGGUGGCAGCCACAUCUGUGGCCAGUCGUGUGGCAGAGGAGAGAGGGGCGUUUCUCGGGCACGAGGUGGGAUACACCAUCAGGUUUGAUGACUGCUCUGACCCACACGCCACUCGUAUAAAGUUUCUGACAGAUGGGAUGUUGGUUCGGGAGAUGAUGUCUGACCCGCUGUUAAAGAAAUACAGUGUGUUAAUGCUGGAUGAAGCUCAUGAGAGAACGCUGUACACAGACAUCGCCAUCGGCCUUCUGAAGAAGAUUCAGAAGAAGAGGCGAGACCUGCGUCUGAUUGUAGCCUCGGCCACUCUGGAUGCCAAAAAAUUUCAAGAUUUCUUCAACCUAAAUGAGUCUGGAGACCCAAACAAAGACACCUGUGGCAUUCUGACGGUUGAGGGCCGAACUUUCCCUGUGGAUAUUUUCUACACUGUCAGUCCUGUACCAGACUAUGUGAAGGCUACGGUGGAAACCGUGCUGAAGAUCCAUGAGACGGAGGAGGAUGGAGAUGUGCUGGCGUUUCUCACAGGACAGGAGGAGGUGGAGAAGGUGGUGUCUCUGCUCCAGGAACAGGCUCGAACUUUGUCCCGCUACGGGAUGAAGAAGCACCUGUGUGUGCUGCCCAUGUACGCGGGCCUGCCCUACAGCGAGCAGAUGAGAGUGUUCGAGAGGAUGCCCCCUACUGUUAGAAAGGUGGUGGUCGCAACCAAUAUAGCCGAGACAUCCAUCACCAUCAAUGGUGUAGUGUUUGUGAUUGACUGUGCGUUUGUCAAGCUGAGGGCGUAUAAUCCACUAACAGCAAUAGAGUCACUGAUCGUCACGCCCAUCUCUAAAGCCUCUGCCUGUCAGAGAGCCGGAAGAGCCGGGCGAAACCGUGCAGGGAAGUGCUUCCGUCUCUACACAGAGGAGGACUUUGAGAAGUUGCCCGCGUCUACAGUUCCAGAGAUGCAGCGCUCUAAUCUGGCUCCAGUCAUUCUGCAGCUGAAAGCUCUGGGCAUCGACAAUGUGCUGCGAUUCAGCUUCCUGUCUCCUCCUCCUGCUCAGUCCAUGGUUCAAGCCCUGGAGCUGCUCUUCGCUCUUGGAGGUCUGGAUCAGUACGGGCGUCUCACUGACCCGAUGGGUGUGCGAAUGGCCGAGUUCCCGCUCACCCCCAUGUUUGCCAAGAUGCUGCUGGAAUCAGGAAACUUCGGCUGCUCCAAGGAGAUAGUCACCAUCGCAGCCAUGAUGCAAAUUCAAAACCUCUUCACGGUGCCACACAAUCAGAAGAAAGCAGCUGCGCGGGAGCACAGGAAGUUUGCUGUGGCUGAGGGGGAUCAUCUCACCAUGCUGAAUGUUUAUGAGGCUUUCAUAAAGCAUCAAAAGAGUUCUCAGUGGUGUCAGGAUCAUUUCCUCAACUAUAAAGGUCUCCUCCGUGCUGUGGCCGUACGGGAACAGCUGCGGCACCUCCUCAACAAGUUUAAGGUGCCUCGGACGUCCAGUGAAGGUGAUCCGGAUGUGAUUCUUAGAUGUAUUGUGUCUGGGUUUUUUGCGAAUGCCGCCCGUAUGCAUCACUCAGGCUCCUACAGGACUCUACGUGAUGACAGAGAGCUGUACAUCCACCCUGAUUCGGUGCUUUAUGGAGAAAAACCCCCAAAAUGGGUCGUCUUCAAUGAAGUGGUUCAGACCAGCAAGUACUACAUGCGGGACGUGACCGCGGUCGAGUCGUCCUGGCUGGUGGAGUUGGCUCCUCACUUUUACAAACAGGCCAAGCACGGGUCUCUGAACAGCAAACGGACCAAAGUCUUCUGAUUCACAUCUUUAGGAGCCGAUGGACUCGGUUUUCCUGAACAACAGGCCAUAAUUAAAGCAAGUUCUUAGUUAAAGGAACUACACAUGCAGACUUUGGGUGUUUAUUGCAGCUGUAAGGCGAAAGAAACACUGUGUUAUUUUGUAUAUACAAAUGUAUAUGACAUAUUUAUGCUGUCAUGGUCAUCUUUGUAUUAUUUAAUAGCUUUUUAGUGAAGGUGGAGAGCCAUUGGAAUGACGUGACUGUGAUUGUAUUAUUGAUUACCGUUUGAGAGUGAGAGAAUGACUGGAUGGAUGGAUGGAUGGAUGGAUGGACAAAGAUGUACAGCUUUACAACAUCGCACGAACAUCUACCCUCAAUAAUAACCAGAAUAUUAUUAUAAUAAGCUAUUUUUUCCCAGUUUUUUCACACCCUCAUCGGAGAAAUACUGUGUAGCUCAAACGUAGUGGCCUUUUAACCAUUAUGUGCCAAAUAUUAUAAAACCAUAGAACAUUUCCUGAUGUAUAUGGAAUGUGCAAAUAAUUGUAGUUACACUGUAAGCAUGUGACAAAAAAGUGCCAUUUUUUUAUAUUAUAUAUGUAUAUACAGGUUCCUAAAAAGUAGCCUUGUGCGCCUCUGGCCAAAAAAAAAAAACUGUGUUAAUAGAUGUAAUUAUUCAUUUAAUCAUAUAGUGUAAGGUCUCCUUUAGGAAAGAUCAGCCAUGACUAGUUGUUUAAGCCUGGUGAGUUAAUAGCACAGUGAAAGAGAUGCCUCAGGGAGGAGCUUAUUUCGUACUAAAGUAAAAAUACUGAAAAUGGAUGCUAACAAAAUAGGAUAUAGUGCCACAAUUCUGGGCGUGGCAUUUAAUAGGAAGGCUGAGGUGCCAAUCAUGUGAGUGGAGGCAGAGCCUUUGUACAGUGUAAUGUUUUGGCUUUUGGCAAAUGGGCAUUUUAUUCCCAAUUUGAUUUUACUGUGACUUGUUUAUUAUUAAGUACUUUAUUAUGUCAGAAAAAACUUUGAAAGCAAUGUAGUUAAAAUCUACCAUCUAAAAUCUACUUUCAAGGUAACUUGCCAAAUGUCUUCAAGACAAUAUCUGUGGUUAUAUAUGUAGUCAGUUCAGUACCCUUGAGUAGUGUAGAUUUAGCUGUCGGUUUGACUGAGACAAAGUCAGAUACAGUCAGAUUAGCUGAUAGCAGUUUAAAUGUUCUUGCAUGUCUUUAAACAAUACAAAUCUCAAGUAGUUUCACAGCAAUGCAGUAAUUUGCUGAGGAAAUACAUAAAUAAUCUGACGUAAAUGUGCAACAUGUAGUGACUUUGUAGUGACUGACUUUGUCCAAAUGUUGUUCCUCUCUGUGCAGCAUAAAGUCAAUAAAGUCUUAUGUUCGUAGUAAAUAAA